AUGAAUGUAGCUGGUCCAAACCUAAUCAUUAUAAUUUCUUACGCUACCAAUGCCCACGCAAUAUGGAUUGAUCUGCAAGAGGGAUUUGACAAAGUAAAUGAUACUCGUUGCUACAAUUUACACAAAGAAAUUGCUACUCUAAGUCAAGGUACUUCAUCUGUUUUUGUUUAUUGUUCCAAGCUUAAGGACCUUUGGAAUGAAGCAAAGGCUCUAGUGUCCAGUCCUGGUUGUGAUUAUGUCAAAUCUAGGGGUUUUAUUGUGCAUCUACGCAAACAGAAAUUGUAUCAAUUUUUUAUGGGCUUAAAUGACUCCUACUCACAAACUCGCAGUCAAAUUCUUAUGAUAAAGCCAAUACCCUCUAUAAUUCAAGCCUAUGUUAUGCUAGUCAGUGAUGAGAGUCAAAGAACCGUGGCAGCCACUGCUGGUAUUUUAGGUCCUCUAUCUAAUGUACACUAUGAGUCAACUGCAUUAUACAAUUCUAAACCACUGGCAAUCAAAAGUUCAGGAAGAAUUACAACAUACAUUAUGAAUUCUGCAAACUUAAAGGAGACAACAAAGAAAACUGCUAUAAAAUUGUUGGUUACCCGCUCGACUUUAAGCAUAAGAGGAAAGAGGGAGCAUCUACCACAGCUGCUUACACUGUCUUCUCAGUGA